AUGAGACUCAGCUUGGUAUUGCUUAUAUUAAGUGUGGCCUGGCUGGCAGCCUCGGAAGAAGCCGCUAAGAAGCCAAUGACGCCAAAUCUAGACAUGGAGAUCACAAAAGAACCAAAUGAAAAGUUCUACAAAGCUAAGAUAAACGACGAAGACUACGUGGGUAUGUAUCAAAAAUGGACUGACACGGGUAUCAGCUCUCUGCUUUCGGCUGUGGCUCAGAAAAAGUAAGUAGCUAUAUGGCUCAAAAAUCAGCUCAUAAGUACUAUAACACCAUCAAAAAACUAGAAUUCUUUUAAAAUUAAAAAAAAUGUAUUAACUUGCAGACUAAAACGACAACGCCGGUCAGUAGCAAAAGCCUUCGGAAUGUGUUCAUCUGAAGCGACAACAUUGACAAAGCAUGCCAAGUGUUUAUCUAAACUACUGAAAAAUGAAAUGAAAUCAGAAGAAACAAAGAAGAAAAGGAGAGGAGAACGUCUCGACCGUUACCGCAGUCCCAAUGCCGCCGAUUGGGACAAUGGAUUCAAAACGGAAAAAACUUCAUUCAGAGCCAGAAGAUCUCCAAAGGUCCAUCAAGCUUCAAGUUACUCACUAAAUUCAAAUAAGGAACAACUCUCACCUCUCGGAUCGAUCGCCAAAGUAUUACUAGAAAGCGUCAAGAAGGCCAACAACAAGACAGAGCUACCAAAUUGGCAAGAAACAGUCAGCAAACUUCGAUUCAACGGCCAGAAACGGAAAAAGAUCAAGAAGAUGAUCGAAGAUGACAGUGAAGAAAACUUGAACCAAAUGGCACUACGAGGACUGAAGGAGAAGAUGUUGGGAGACGACCAGAAGCCAUUAGCAGAGAACGUGGAUCUCGAAGAGAUUAUAAAAGACCCAGUUAAGAUGAAGGAGUUCAUCAAGGCUCACAAGAAAAAGAAAAGAAAGCCGGAGGAGAAGGUGGUGGAUACUAUCCGGGAUGCUAUGAAACUGGUAUAUAGUAUAGCUGGUCAAAAUACGACCAAUUUCGAUAACAGAACAAUGAAAAUCGCUUCGCCUAGGUUUUUGGGUGUUGUGCCGGAAGAUAAACAGGAAGACGAAGUAAGUUUACAAAAUUUCAUUCAUAUAAAAAAUUUGAAAAACUCAAAAUAUAAACUAAUUUUAAAAACCAAAAAGAUUUUUUACCCAAAAUUUUUAAUUUCAAACUACAGUAAUCCAACAGAAUAUUUAAAGUUUCAAUAAAAAAUAAAUUUACAAAUAUUCCCUUUCCAGAUCAACCUAAUCUCCCCCUCCUUGUUCUCCCUACACAGUGAAGGUGAUGGUGUGGAAAAGCUGACCAGUAUUCCAAACCUUCUUAGCCAAGUUGGACUAAAAGAUCAAGACGUGUGGCUAGAUAUCAUUAUGGAAGCUGCUGGUGUGAAUGAUGAAUCAGACAAACUUGAUGGAGAGAUUCAUGACUAUGAGUACCAGAAGACGCAAAACUUGAUGACAAAUGUGUCCAGUAUGGUGGAUGAACAUGGCACACCUAUGUAUGCUACAAAAGACAAUGUCACUGAGUUGGGUGGGAGUAAUGCGCCGGCUGAAUUGUUCGAAAAACUGCAGCUGAUGUAUACCAAAGAACAGGUAUGGAUACAUAGAUAAAUUUUUAAAAAAUUAUAUGAAUCAUCAUUUCUAGGUCAUAGCUGAACCAAUAGUAUUUCUUUUGCUAGUUCAAGUUCAAUAGACCAUUAAAACAAAUAUUUUAGCUACGUGAAAUGAACUCAACCGGCUACACUAUGCUGACGAAAGAGCAGCUACACACUCUGUACGGUGAAGACUCUCCCAUGAACAACUCCAAAGCUCUACAGAAGUUCACUAACAUGACGACCGACGAAAUGCAUGAUCGUCUACAUGAAGAUGUGCACAUGAUGGCAGAGAUGAAGAGUUUCGAGCUGAAGCAGAAGGAUAUUGUGUUGUCUCCCGUCGCCUUCUUCCCUGUUAUUGCCAAUGCUGUAGUACCAUCUCAAGCCUUUAUCCUGUCUCCCAUCAUCUUUAGUCCUUUAAUCUUGGCCCCAUCCGUGUUUGGUGCUGUAGUUCUGUCUCCGUGGAUGUUUGUACCACUGGUACUGUCGCCUCGUGUUCUUGGUGCCCUUAUUUUGUCACCCUUCAUCUUCGCUCCCAUUAUUCUGACGCCGUUAGCGGUGCAUCCUGCCAUUCUGUCUCCAGGUGUGUUCAACCCUCUAGUACUCUCACCAGUGGUACUGGUACCAUUCAUUCUCUCACCCCAAGUUUUCACCCCCAUUAUCUUGUCCCCGUUGUGUUUGUCGCCCAUUAUCUUGAAUCCUAUGUUAGGUUCUCCGCUUAUUCUGUCACCCUUCGUGCUUACGCCUAUUAUUGCAUCGCCUAUGGCGCUAAGUGCCCUGGUACUAAGUCCUUAUGCUCUAUCGCCUGUAAUAUGGAGUCCGCUUAUUGCAUUCGCAGCCGUCUUAUCGCCAAGUUGGCUAAGUUAA